UAACGUCAUUAAUAGAUGAAUUAUUAUUAUUAAUACUUAACAAAUAUGUGAACAUGAUACUUAAGUUAUCAAUGUCAGAACGUCUAUUCAUAGUGUUCUCACAUUGAAAGAUGCUGCACAUCUCAAGGAAAUUUCUUUUAAAAACAUUAUUUUCUGUAAAUUUUAUACUUACUUCGUUAAAAUCAAUAUCAUGUUUACAACUAUUUGUAUGGUUCGACAACAUACAAGAAUUCUUAUUAAGUCUAAUGUCACUUUUAUGAGAAACAAUCCUAUCUUUAAGCCUCCUACCAGUUUGCCCAAUAUAAACUUUUUGACAAUCCUUACAAGGAAUACUAUACACUACAUUAGAUUUAUGUAAUAAAGGAACCUCAUCCUUAAGACUAGAAAAAAUAUUUUUAAUAAUUAACUUAUUCGUAAAAGCUAGUCGAAUGUCAUUCAUAUCCGAAAAAAUGUUUUUUAAUUUCCACGUUAUAGAUUCUAUAUAGGGUAAUGAAAAAUAUGAAAAAUUUGGGGGAACCGAAAUAUUUGGAAGAAUUCAUAGAACUAUAUAAAGCCGAACCUUGCCUUUGGCUCGUAAAAAGCAAAGAUUAUCAUAACAGAAAUAAGAGAGCAGUCUCGGGAGCGUCUGCAGACGAUGUGUACAAACCCACGUUGUGGUACUACGAUAUGUUCGAUUUUCUUGGCGAUGAGGACAUUCUACGGCAGUCAUGCUCAAAUUUAGAUGACGUCGACGACGAAGUCGAAGCAGACAAUAAGAAUACUUCUAAGGAUAAUGGUGCAGAAUAUAAUGUAGGCGAUUCUGAAGAAAAUGCUACAGAUGGUUCUACAUCUAGGAUGCAAGAACGCUCGAAAAAACGUGAGGGCUCGAAAAAACGUGAGGAACAAAAAAAAAACGUGAAGAGAAUUAUGGAUUUAAGAAGUGGAAAGCAGAUUGGAGAAAACGACAGUGAAGAAAUAUCAGAACAGGAAAGUAUGGGAGAACAAGAAACUCAUAGUGGAGGAAGUGACGUAGGAAUAAAAAGUAUGUUGGAGGAAAUGAUGAGGACGAUAAUGGAGGACAGAAAAAANUCAAAACCACGUUAA